UAGACAAGCACUUGUAAGUAUUCAACGGUUUUUUCAAAUGAUGUAUAACAUAUAAUUGAACGUAUAUUUGUUCGUCUGUUUAAUAAAUGGGACAAACUUACAUAUUCUUGAAUAAUUUAUGAAAUUCAGUACCCUUUGCAUCAAUUUCCACACGCAAAAUAUUUUUAGGUAAACUAAUAGAAAAUGCCAAAGUCGAAGGAAUAUGUGUCGAGCGACGACGAUAGCAGCGAAGAGGAUGUAAAGUCAAAGAAGAAGCAGAAGAGGAAAAUCGAAGAGAAGACAGAGAAACCAUCAAAGAAACCAAAACAGGAAUCUCCGAAAGAGGAGGAAAAUACUGUUUGGGAUCUUGGAAGUAAUCGUCAAGUUACAGUGCGGGAUUUCAAAGGAAAAUUAUAUGUUGACAUUAGAGAAAUGUAUUACGACAAGGAUGCAAAUUUAAAGCCUGGGAAAAAAGGAAUCUGUCUAAAUAUGGCCCAGUGGCGGAAAUUACUAGAAGUUGUGGAAGAUGUGGACAAAGCUGUAAAAUCUAAAUGUUAAGUUUUGUCUCGUCAUUCAUCGCGAAUGAAUACAUUAUAAAAUAUUGCCUGAUGCAAUCUAACAGGUGUCUCGUUAUUUUUAAAGAAAAAAUACAUUCGUCUAGCUAUCUGUAAAUUCGUUCCGUCUAUUAAUAAGAAUCAACGUUCUUAACGAACACCCCCAUUAUCUAUGUUUGCUACUGGUUUCGAGUGCAUACAUGCAAAUAUUAGUUUCAUAUAUAGGUGGAGAAAAACAGGGUAAUCUUCAUCAAUUUUGUUUCUUUUUACAUUUUAAAUUCCACAUCACAAAGGUCAACUUUUAUUAUUAAUUCUAAAACCUCUAAUACUCUACAUAUAAAAAACCGGUUCUGUUCGAGGCAAAGUGAUUUCUCAAAAGAAAAAAAAACAACGAUUCGCACGAUAGAUAAAUAACGCUACUGUACAUCAGUUAGUUUUGUACAACGUUCGAAAGCUGCACUUUGUGCUUACGCUGGUCCGUGAACGGACGUUAAAAACUUAUCUAGAUCCAAGUUGCUCAGUAAUUUCUGCGGAUCCGUUGUAUACUGUCGUUUCUCGAUCUAUAAAAUAGGUUGUUUGCAUUUCCAUUUCAUAAAGAACAAAAUAUGAGAAUAAAAUAAAUUACAUGUA